AUGAGGUCUUCGAUAAUAAAUGAUGAAAAUGCCAUAUCACAACAAUUGAAACAAAAGUAUAUAUCAUCAUCUUCAUCUACAAAAACAAUUGCAUCAAAUCCCAAAUUAAAUUCUAAUGAAAUUGCAUCAUCAUCAACUACAGCAUCAACAAUAAUACCCAACAAAAAUUUAAAUAAUACAAUAGCUCAAGUAAAAACCACAAAUCAAAAUGGAUUAGUACCAAUUCCAUCAACAGCAUCUACUACUAGAGACAUUAUAUCGAAAUAUAAAAGAGAGGUAUUAAAAGAAAUUAAUGUAAAUGAAAUUAAUAUUAAACAGUCCCAACAACAACCACAACAAAGUUAUCAUUCUACUAAUUAUGACAAACAUCAACAUAUAUUAAAACCACUGCAUACUCAACAAAAUGAAUCAAAAAACCAAAGUCAAUAUCGUCAAGACGUAUCACAUAAUCAAAUAGAUGAAUAUAAUAGCUACAAAAAACAAAGAAUAUCGUCAUCAGAUGAACACUUUGAACACUUACCAUCUAAAUCACAUCAGCAUACAUCUUCAAUUCCAUAUCAUGAUGAUAACCUUAUAAAUAGUAUAUAUGAAUCAAAAUUCAAGGAAGAAGAAGAUAUUGAAAAUCAAGAACCUGAGUAUGAAACGCGUUUACACCUUGAAAGUGAUAAAGAAGACGAUUUACAACAACAAGAAGAAGACGACGUAGUGGAGGGAAAUGGUGAAGAAGUACGUCGACAAAUUCUACUACAACAACAAUAUCAAUUGCAUAAACGUAACCAAUUACUUAAUCAUCAACGUCAACAAGUCGAGCAGCCAAUCCAAAACAAUCAUACCAAUCAAUUACAACAACAACAAACCAAAAGAAUUUCAAAUCCAACAGGUGUCAUUACCAAAUAUAGACGGUCAAUAAUGAUUCCACCAUGGACAGAAUCAAUUCAAAGAGAGUUAGAUAUAAUUAAUUCAGAACCCUCAUUUAAAAAUUGGGAUAUUAAUGGAGAAGAUUGGGAUGAUCCAACAAUGGUUUGUGAAUAUUCAGAAGACAUAUUUAAAUAUUUAAAUUACUUAGAAAUAAAGUAUAUGCCAGAUCCAUUCUAUAUUGAAAAAGUUCAAGAUGAUUUAAAUUGGAAUAUGAGAAGUGUAUUGGUGGAUUGGAUUGUUCAAAUUCAUAAUAAAUUUAACUUGUUACCUGAAACUUUAUUUUUAGCUAUAAAUAUAAUUGAUAGAUUUUUAACCAAGAGGAAAGUACUGUUGACCAAAUUACAAUUAGUUGGUGCUGUUGCUAUAUUAAUAGCUUCAAAAUAUGAAGAAAUUAAUAUUCCUACAAUUUCUGAGGUGAUUCAUAUGACUGAUAAUUCUUUUUCAGUUGAAGAAUUUACAAAAGCUGAAUGUUUUAUGAUUGAUGUAUUACAAUUUGACUUGGGUUGGCCAGGUCCAAUGAGUUUCUUGAGAAGGAUUUCAAAAGCAGAUGAUUAUGAUUAUGAAACUCGUACAUUAGCUAAAUAUUUUUUAGAGAUAACUAUAAUGGAUUCAAAAUUCAUAGCUUCACCAACAAGUUGGCUUGCAGCUGGAGCUCAUUAUUUGUCAAGAUUUUUAUUAAAUAAAGGAGAAUGGACAAAAGCUCAUGUUUAUUUUAGUGGAUAUUGUGAAAGACAAUUACGAUCAUUAGCUGAACAAAUUUUGGAAAAUUGUAAAAAUCCUGAAAAAAAUCACAAGGCUAUAUUUGAAAAAUAUGCUGAAAGAAGGUUUAGGAAAAGUUCUUUAUUUGUUCAAGAUUAUUUAGAUCAUGUUGGAGAAAGAGAAGAAUAA